GACUUCUGAUUGAUCUGGAAAUACUAGGCGCUAGAAGUUCCUAAAACAGCUACGAUGCCUUCCGUUCCAGACGCCGAGCUCUAUCCCGAAGCCAGUGGACCAGCAAAAGCGCUGGUCGACAGGCAUCAGGCGGAGCAGCCUUUGAAGCUCUAUGCGGGUGGUUUUGUCCUCCAACGUGUCUGGCUUGCUCUGGAAGAGAAGCAGAUCCCUUACCAAUACAUCGAGGUCAAUCCCUAUCACAAGCCACAAUCACUUUUGUCCCUGAACCCGCGGGGUGACGGAAAUGGCGUCAAGCUCAAGCCACUCUACGAGUCGAACAUCAUCCUGGAGUACCUCGAAGAAGCUUAUCCCGACCAUCAGCCGCGUCUGCUUCCUACAGACCCCUACGAGAAAGCCCGCGCGAAAAUCUGGAUGGAUUUUGUAACGACCCGGUACCAGCCUCAGUCCCAGGACGAGGACGUGGCUGCUGAGACUGACAAGGUCCGCCAGGAGUUUCUGGACCGUUUGAAGGAAGGGCCAUUUUUCUUAGGGGAUCAGAUCUCACUGCCUGAUCUUGUGCUGGGCCGCGGUCUUGGGAUUCCUGCUGAGAGUCAGGGGAGAGCAGAUGAAGCUGUCUGGCAGCGAUGGAGGACAUGGCUCCGUGCUGUAGAAGGCAGACGGAGUAUAAGGGAGACAACUAGUGAGAAGGAUCAUUACCUCCCCAUCUAUCAACGCUACGCGGACAAUACUGCCCAGAGUGAGUUGGCAAAGGCCCACAAGAGCUGGAAGGGGA